CCGGGGCGGGGCGGCACCUCCUCUUCCGCGCGCCCCGCGGAGCGGGAGCCCGAGCCCAACCCAGCCCGAGCGGUGCGGAGCCCGCGGUGGGCGGCCUCGCGCGGCCCCUGGCCGGACCGGAGUGAGCGCCGCUGCACCCCCGCUGGUUCGGCAAGAUGUCGGUGAAGGAGGGCGCGCAGCGCAAGUGGGCGGUGCUGAAAGAGAAGCUGGGGGCGCAGGACGCGGACCCCACGGAGGCCAACCUGGAGAGCGCCGACCCCGAGCUGUGCAUCCGGCUGCUGCAGAUGCCGUCCGUGGUCAACUACUCGGGGCUGCGCAAGCGCCUGGAGAGCAGCGACGGCGGCUGGAUGGUGCAGUUCCUGGAGCAGAGCGGCCUGGACUUGCUGCUCGAGGCCCUGGCGCGCCUGUCCGGCCGCGGGGUGGCCCGCAUCGCCGACGCCCUCCUGCAGCUCACCUGCAUCAGCUGCGUGCGCGCUGUCUUGAACUCGCAGCAGGGCGUCGAGUACAUCCUCAGCAACCAGGCCUACGUGCGCCAGCUCUCCCUGGCUCUGGACACAUCCAACGUGAUGGUCAAGAAGCAGGUGUUUGAGCUGCUGGCUGCCUUGUGCAUCUACUCGCCCGAGGGCCACGUGCUGACCCUGGACGCCCUGGACCACUACAAGACCGUGUGCAGCCAGCAGUACCGCUUCAGUGUCAUCAUGAACGAGCUCUCGGACAGUGACAACGUGCCCUACGUGGUCACCCUGCUCAGUGUGAUCAACGCCAUCAUCCUGGGCCCCGAGGACCUGCGCACCCGCACACAGCUACGCGGGGAGUUCACCGGGCUGCAGCUGCUGGACGUUCUGACACGGCUGCGGGACCUGGAGGACGCCGACCUGCUGAUCCAGCUGGAGGCCUUCGAGGAGGCCAAGGCCGAGGAUGAGGAGGAGCUCCUGCGAGUCUGCGGUGGCAUCAACAUGAACAGCCACCAGGAGGUCUUUGCCUCCGUGUUCCACAAGGUGAGCUGCUCCCCAGUAUCUGCCCAGCUGCUGUCCGUGCUGCAGGGCCUGCUCUACCUGGAGCCCACCCUCCCCUCCAGCCAGCUGCUCUGGGAGGCUCUGGAGACCCUGGUGAACCGGGCCGUGCUCCUGGCCAGUGACGCUCAGGAAUGCACCCUGGAAGAGAUGGUGGAGCGGCUCCUGUCUGUCAAGGGGCGGCCACGCCCGAGUUCCCUGAGCAAGGCCCACAAGAGUGUCCAGGCUGACCUAGGCCAGGGUCAGAGGGGCAGCGUGCCCCAAAACAGUGGGGCCCCGAAGGCCGAGGUGGAGGGCCCGCAGCCCGAGGCUGAUCUCAGCAGCCUGCAUGUCGUUGAGGACGUGACCGCUCCACAGCUGAAAGCCCCGUCCCCACCUGCACCCCCACUCCCUGGCUCCACCACGGGGACCCCUCCGCCUCCCCCCCCACCACCUCCUCCCCUCCCUCCCCCACUGCCAGGCCUGGGGGUCCCAGGCCCCCCACCUGCACCCCCACUCCCUGGCUGCACUGCAGGGCCCCCUCCCCCUCCCCCACUGCCAGGCCUGGGGACCCCAGCCCCCCCACCCCCUCCACCACCCCCAUUGCCUGCCUCUAGCGGGGGCCUACCUCCCCCACCUCCACCGCUCCCCGGCAUGGGGUGCCCACCCCCACCCCCACUGCCUGGCACAGAUGGGGGCCCCCCUGCACCCCCACCCCUGCCGGGUACCUCUGGCCCGUCUUCAAUCGGUGUGGAGGAGGUCAUCGUGGCUCACGUGGGCUCCAGCCUGGGCUCCACCUUGGUCCCAAGCCACCGGCGGGUGCACGCUCCCACUGUGCGCAUGAAGAAACUCAACUGGCAGAAGCUGCCGUCCAAUGUGGCACAAGAGCACAGCUCCAUGUGGGCCUUGCUGAGCAGCCUGGAGCCCGAGGUGGUGGAGCCGGACUUCUCCAGCAUCGAGCGGCUCUUCUGCUUCCCGGAGGCCAAGCCCAAGGAGCAAGCGGCGGCCCCGACCAGGAAGGAGCCCAAAGAGAUCACUUUUCUGGACUCCAAGAAGAGCCUGAACCUCAACAUCUUCCUGAAGCAGUUUCGAUGCUCCAACGAGGAUGUCACCGCUAUGAUCCGGGCUGGGGACACCUCGAAAUUCGACGUGGAGGUCCUCAAGCAGCUCCUCAAGCUCCUCCCCGAGAAGCACGAGGUGGAAAACCUGCGUGCGUUCACAGAGGAUCGGACCAAGCUGGCCAACGGCGACCAGUUCUACCUCCUCCUGCUGGGCAUUCCCUGCUACCAGCUGCGGGUGGAGUGCAUGCUGCUCUGCGAGGGCACGGCCGUCGUGCUGGACAUGCUGCAGCCCAAGGCCCAGCUGGUGCUCGCCGCCUGCAACAGCCUGCUCACCAGCCACCGGCUGCCCGUCUUCUGCCAGCUGAUCCUGAAAAUAGGGAACUUCCUCAACUAUGGCAGCCACACGGGGGACGCCGACGGCUUCAAGAUCAGCACGCUGCUCAAGCUCACGGAGACCAAGUCCCAGCAGAGCCGCGUGACCCUGCUGCACCACGUGCUGGAGGAGGUGGAGAAGAGCCACCCAGGGCUCCUACAGCUCCCGAGGGACCUGGAGCAGCCCUCCCAGGCAGCGGGGAUCAACCUUGAGCUCAUCCGCUCAGAGGCCAGCACCAACCUGAAGAAGCUUCUGGACAUGGAGCGGAAGGUGUCCUCCUCCCUCCCCGAGGUGCAGGAGCAGUACACCCAGCGCCUCCAGGCCAGCAUCGAGGCCUCCCGGGCGCUGGACGCGGUGCUCCGGGCCAUCGAGCAGAAGAAGCGGGAGCUGGCCAGCUACCUGUGCGAGGACUCUCAGCUGCUCUCCCUGGAGGACACCUUCUGCACCCUGAAGACUUUCCGGGACCUCUUCAUCCGCGCCCUGAAGGACAACAAGGAACGGAAGGAGCAGGCGGCGAAGGCGGAGACGAGGAAGCGGCAGCUGGCGGAGGAGGAGGCGCGGAGGCCGCGGGGCGAGGACGGGAAGCCCGUCAGGAGGGGAGUCGGGAAGCAGGAGGAAGUGUGUGUCAUUGACGCCCUGCUGGCGGACAUCCGGAAGGGUUUCCAGCUGCGGAAGACGGCCCGUGGCCGAGGGGACGCAGAGGGGAGCGGCAAGGCGGCUGCCGUGGACCCCGUGAGGGACAAGGCACCAGUGACCACCAGGGACCCUGUAGGAGGCACCAGUCGUCCCGCCUCUGAGCCCCACGGCAGGGACCUCGCGGACGCCCCGGCCCCUGGCCCACAGCCCACCGCUGAGCCGUCAGGGGAGGACGGGCCGGGGGCCCCGGAGAGGCGUUCCUCCUGGUACACCGAUGCCAGCGACGUCCUGGCCACAGACGACCCCCAGGGCUCCCCGCUCCCCCCGGGGGCCUGGCCGGUGCUGCUGGGAGGAGCUCAGGCCCUGGAGCCUCUCAGGCUCUCUGGUGACCGGCCCCCCGAGGCCAUGGGGUCGAACCAAGCCGCUGGAGACCCCGAGGCCCCUCGGGACGCCUGCCUGGCCGAGGCCGACAGCACGGUCUACAGCUUGGAGGCCACGGCCACCCGUGACCACGGUGUCGCAGAGGACCAGGAGGACACGGCCCCAGAUUCUGCGCUGGACACGUCCUUGGAGAGGUCCUUCUCUGAGGAGACGGCGAUGGACUCCUCGGGGUCCGGGACCCUCCCCAGGCCCCGGGAACGAGCCUCAAAGGGCACAGGCAAGCGGAGGAAGAAACGCCCCUCAAGGAGCCAGGAAGAGGUUGUCCCUGACUCUGACGAUAAUAAAACAAAAAGGCUCUGUGUGAUUCAGUAAGGCCUCAGCCGUAAGCCCAAAGCCAAGUGAGAGCAGAGCGCCCGCGGCCUCCACCCAGCCGCAGCCGCCGGACGUGCAGCUGAGCGGGGCUCCUCCAGGGCCUGGCCGGGAGAGGGCCCCCAGGAAACCAAAACUCUGUGCCUUACCCUCCAGGGACGUGGGCCUCCUGAAGGCCGAGACCCCAGCAGGCACCAGAGCCCAGCCCCCCCCCACCGCACCCUCCUGGACAGCCUGCACGCCCCCCGCCCCUCCUGGUCUGCUUUCUGAAUGCGAUGCCCAAGCCGGCGCCCGCAUGCACCCCAGCACCGCCCACAGGGGUGAGGGGCACUGGCUGUGUCCCCAGGGCACCUUGAAGCUUGCGCCCUGCCCUCCGGCCACCUGGUACCCAGAUGCUUCUGAAGACAGGCCCUCCCCCAAUAGAGCAAAGGAGCCCUGCGCCCCAGCUGCCCCCUUACCCGGCUCCCAGCUCUGCCUCUCAGCCUGCUGAGCCAGGCUGCAGCAGAGCAGUUUUUAACUGAAAUAGGGUUGUUAAUGCAUUCCUGCUGCCCUGCGGUAGCCGAGUGGGGUAUGGGCGGGUGGCAGGGCCCUGGGGCCUCGGGCAGGGGCAGGCUGGCCAGGAACGACACAAACAGGCCAUGGUCCCCUUCCUCAGCGGACAAGAGGGGGUCCACACCCCGCACAGCGAUCCUGGGGGUGGGAGGUUAUCUGUUCUCGCUGCCCGCGCCAGGCCCCGACCACCCUGUCCCCAGAGUGACCGCCCUCUGCAGCCGCAGCCACCAGAGGGGUCCGGUGUGCCCCCCUCGCCGGCGGGCGGAGAGGAGACCCAGGGCGCACCCGGCGAGGGGCAGCCUGCCCUACCUCCGCGCCCGCGCAGGGGUGCGCGCCCAGGCUGGCAUCUGGAGAGCCUCAGACCAAUAAAUCAAGAGCAGAGCCCGG